AAUCAAAAUGAGCCAAAUCAUGCGGAAGGAUUCGUCAAUCAGCACUACCGCUGGCAGUGGACAUCGGCAUCGCUCGAUCGACAUUGGACACGGUGCAACCGGAAGCGAGUCGUCGAUCAUGGAUCUCCAUCACCGGUCGGCCGGUCCGCCGCCGAGAUCGGCUCCACCGACCGGGGUGGGCAGUAGCGGAAAGAUGCCGCUGAUGGAGAAACCACGCACCAUAAGUGAUAGUGAGUCGGAGAUUAACUACGAUCUGUUUAACACGAGCAUUCACUCGGCGGAUAGUGGAUCGGCGAUCAUGAACGCGUCCCAGAUUUCGACUACCUCCUGCGAUUCAACGCACAUCAAGAGUGCCAACCUGACACGUUCACAGAACGCUUCUGGGUCCUGUCGCUUUCCGAAGCUAGAAGAAUGCGCCCACUUCCAUUACGAACGCGUACAGCUUGGCAACCUUUCCGUGCAGCUCGAGGGUGACGAGCGUAGCGACUCCCAGCUUGGUUUAGCUUCCGAUCUCAACACCUCCCAGACCAACUCUAUCGGACCCGCGGGUCCGUCCGGGUCUGCUUGUCCCACGAAGAGUGGUAGUAAUAUAUGGUUUAUCAUUCGCGUUACUGCCGGCCGAUCGGAUCCAUUCAUGAUCAAGCGUUCGUACGAAAACAUGUGCUUCCUGGACGAGAUGUUGCAUCGAUGCGUGUACGAUCGUCGUGUCAGCGAGUUGGAUAAUCUGCGAGACGUACUAAUGGCGCUUCCAGACAGUGGAGUGGAACAGCGCAUGGAUCGAAGUACCAGCGAAGAGCAGCACUUGGAGAAAUUGGUCGGGACCUAUCUGGCUCGGCUGUCGAUGAUAGCCUCGGAUGCGAUGACCUGUGGUCCGGUACUUACCUGGCUACAGAUAGACAACAAAGGUCGCCGUUUGCCCGUGGCGGACGAACAGACAAUGCGUUGUAUCAAUACACCAGCGGUUGGAGCAGCGUACGGUGUCCGCCGGUACGUGGCACAGGCGUGCGAUGAAAUCUCGAUCGAGGUGGGCGACAUGAUCUCCGUGAUCGAUAUGCCCAGUCCAGCAGAAUCUAUUUGGUGGCGGGGCAAGAAGAGUCACCUGCAGAAGAACCAGUACGAGGUGGGUUUCUUCCCCCAGAGCUGCGUCGCCACGAUCGGCGAUAAGGUGCCACGGCAUAUGCCGUUUCCGGCGCCACUCGUCGGAUCACUGGCUGUGUCUCCGACGAAGCCUGUUCUCCGCAAGCAUGGCAAGCUGAUUGCAUUCUUCCGAAGCUUCAUAUUAUCGCGACCUUCCCGCCGACGCUUGAAGCAGAGUGGCAUCUACAAGGAGCGUGUGUUUUCGUGUGAUCUUGGUGAGCAUCUGCUAAACAGUGGACAGGACAUUCCAAUGGUGCUGAAGUGCUGUGCCGAGUUUAUAGAGGAGUACGGUAUCGUGGACGGUAUCUAUCGGUUGUCGGGCAUUACGUCGAACAUUCAGAAACUGCGCCGUGCGUUCGAUGAGGAGCGCAUACCGGACCUAACACAUCCGGACAUACGGCAAGAUAUACAUGCGGUCAGCUCACUGUUGAAGAUGUAUUUCCGUGAACUACCGAAUCCGCUGUGUACGUACCAGCUGUACGAUCAUUUCGUUGAAGCUAUCCAAACCCGGCUUGAUGCACCAACCGAUUUGAAGCUUCGCCUUAUUCGACAAACGGUACAGAAGCUACCACCACCACAUUACCGCACGUUGAAGUACCUUGCGACGCAUCUUUUCAAGAUUUCACGCCACUCGGCGAAUACUGGUAUGACGGAGCGCAAUAUAGCGAUCGUGUGGGCACCGAAUCUGCUGCGAAGUCCCGCCCUGGAGUCUGGCGGAGUCGCUGCCCUUAGAGGUGUUGGUGUACAGGCAGUUGUAACCGAAUAUCUGAUCAGCAAUUGCGAACAAAUCUUUGACGAUACUGCUGAUGAUUUUGGAAGCCAUUACGUUGAAUCGCAACCGAACUCGCUGAGUGACAGUAACAGCGUACAGAACUAUGGUGGUGCUGGUAGUGAUCAGCAGGAAUUGUCGUUGUCAAUGGAGCGGCCGAAAAGUUUAAGCGUUGGUGGAGCAAAGCUACUCAGCCUGGAAGAGGCACGGAUUCGGAAGAAUUGCAUGGAGCAGAGUGAAAAGACGAUACCAAUCAACAUCACUAACCCGUCAACGCACAUCGGGUCUUACAUCGAGGUUGGAGGAGGACCUUCUAGUCUACCAGACAAGUAUCAUACAGUUCUUCCGGUACCUAGAAGUUGGAAUAAACGGAAAUCGCAUUCAUCCUGGAAGUCAAUCUUCACCCGUCAACCGCGACAGUCCAACAGCAACAGUGAUAUUAAAGGUGGAAUGGCUUCUGCCUCGGCUUCGGACAAGAAUGCGUCAAUGGUGAGCUCGGCAAUGCAACCAGACAUUGGUGGAACCAGCUUGGCAGAGGUAGAGGACAAAGAUACGGAUCAUCGGCGCAGCGUGAGCAUUAAGGAAAGCUCUAGCGGCCUGUUGGAUAAGAUGGCUAAAAGUUUACUCUUUUCAUCCGGUGUCGAUCUAUUCGAUGGCAAGAAUCUGGCUAUUGACAGCAACUGCGUCCGAUCGAACUCGGUAGAUAGUUUGCGAACUGCUGGCCACAGUCGGUCUGUUUCGCAUGACUCUUAUUUCGAUCUGUUGCAGUCCCCGAUACGUGGCGUCGCAGUGGUUAAUGGAACAGCCAGUGGAGGAGACGGUGCCGUCACCUGCCCGUCUCGUGAACUUUCCGAGCUAGGACUAAACUUUGAUCGAGAGGAGCCAGAAAUGAGAAUUUUCUCGGAAAGUGAAAGUCUUGUGAGCAGUCCAAAGGUAGCGAAAGAGUCGGUACGACGCACUCUACGCGCACGACCGGAAGAUUACAUUGGCAGUGGUCACAGUGUAAACCCUAGCCCCAAGAAGCAGCCCCGGCUUAACAUACCUAGCCCCUCGCAAGAAACGAACAAGCAGUGGAACAUGGCGGCCCUUUCGUCGGGAAGUGCAAGUCUCGGACAAGACGACGAGAGCCUCUGCAAACGCUACAAACUGGAGGAUCAACUAAGCGAUAUUCAAUUCAUCGAUUGCAGCACACCCGAACAUCAUAACUCCAUCGGUCUCAGUGGUGGACCUCAGCAGGGUGGAUCGACCACAUCCAGCACAACGGUGGUAAAUACAAUCUGUACCAGUGCUCAAGUACACAAACCACCGCAACAGGAAGAUUCGUCGGACGAGCAGCACGAGGAUGAAACGCUUGCGGUAGGACUGCGUAACUCCUAUCCUGGUCCGCAGUAUGCCUACAGCAAAUACAGCUCAUCACCGGUAAAGGAGACGCGCUUCAGCUUUCCUGGAUCCAGUGCUGGCGGGAAGGAAAAGCCAGCAAGAAUAGAAAAAGCAUCACAAUCAGUAGGAGCAGCAACUAGUUCCGUGGUGGAGAAAGUACAAUCGAUGAGCGUCGACGAACAAAGUCAACCACAAUCAACAACACUCGAUGUGAUUGGCUUGAAGAAAAACGAAAGUUCCUUGUACGAAAGUUUUCUGCUUUCUUCUGGUCAAUCGAAACCUCCAAAAUAUCCUGGCCGUUACAGUUACCACCAUCCCGGCACAUCGGAUGUCGGGCGCGGAACCGGUGGUGGCGUCGGCGGUGCUGACGGUAGUAGCGAAACACGUGCCGAAGGUGGUAGUCAACAAUCUUCGUCCGUACCGCGAAGCUGUUCCGAGAAUGUAAUUCGCCGAACGGUCCUAGAUUUGUUCCCUCUAUCCCAACAAUCUCACCAACAUCAUCAUCAUCAUCAUCACCAUCAUCACCACCAUCAUCAACCGAAACAGCAGUUGACGACUGUGCAUCCACCGCCACCACCAUCAGCACCGUCGUCAGCAGGUACCACCGGGGCGAAACCCACCACUCCCCAAUCGCCACCGGUUCCGAGUCCUUGCUACUCGUUGCUGAUCGGUUCAACCAGUUCCGAUACGACGAGCAAUAGCAAUGUGACCACACCCGUCUAUGACGAGAUGGACAUUACGGCCCAUCUGGAACAUCAAAUGCAAAAUGCCAAAGAAACACCGGUCGAUGAUUCACCUAAUGCUGGUGGAAAGCCGUCGACAACGACAGUGAAGAAACACGACCUGAAAGCGAUGAAGCGGGAGCUAUCGCUUGACUUAAGCGGUACCUCUACAAAACUAACCGGCUCGACAAACUUCACCUCGGACAAUACGACCACCAACACUAGUCAAUCGCUGACUCCUAGCGAUUUCGCUUACCAAAACCUUAAUCCCGACCUAUCUCCAAACGGUGCGCUUGUUGGUGCAACUGGUGAGGGUUCGGUCGUCGAAAUGACUAGCUUUAGUCAGAAGGCGGCUAAAUCUCCCGGUACUCCUAUUAAGGCCACCAUCAACAUUACGUACAAUGUGCGUUCGCCCGUACGGAAAGAGCAGGAAGGAAAUGUGUUCCGAUCGAGCUCACCUCCUCCAAGAGUUAUGGACGAGAGUUCUUGCACAAAUCCAGAUCUGAUUGCGGAAGAAGAGUACCAGCGAGAACGGCGUAGCAUCUACGAAAAUGUGCUUGUCCCACCGGUCGAAGAGGACGAAGAAAAAGACGGAGCGAUGGAUGAUGGAACCUCACCGUCCAAGCGAUUGCUGGAGACUAACUUCGACGAAACGAUGGUAUACGAGCAGGUGAAGUUUUUGAAGAACGUUGUCUCGGAGGUGAACCAUCUGGUAAAGAGUGAAGCUGACCCUGCUGGUCCAAUGGAAGGUCAAAGCGAUGGUGAAGAUGCAGCGACACAGCGAAUAGUACCUGAUAUAAACAACGUUUCGGAAGGUGUAGCGUCAACUCCCAGGAAAGGAGCGUCCACUGUUGAGGAUGGAAUUAAUAACAACCACAACGAUGGUGAAGUGCUUGGGGAGAACGAAGGAGAUAUUCUUAAACAGCACUGUUGUGAACGGAAAGCUAAAACAUCGACGAAUGGUGCAAUUCCAAUGAAUGAGGAGGAUAGUGAAGAUGUCCCAAUGUCGGACGUGAAUGAGGAUAGCCUAGAGUUUGAUAAUACUGACGUAUCGCUGUACGAGAAUGUGGAACUCCGGAAGAAAUCCAACUACCCGCUGUACGAAAAUGUAGAACGCUCUAACGCAGUUGAAUCGAGCUCUCCUCCAACAGUGAACAAUCCCACAGACACGCUAAAAUCAGUUCUAACAGAGGAUGAGUUCUCGUCUCUCUGUGCCGACCGAAGCGAUCUGGACAACGAGAUGGAAUAUCGGAUUGAAAUUCCACCCAAAAUAGAAUUGACGGUGGUGUCCCCGAAAGCGAAAAUGAUGGCGACGGACGCCCCAGAUGCUGCGGAAACGGUCGUAAGCGUUAAGCAACUGGCAACAAAGUUCGAAACCAGCCCAGUAGAUGUCACACCACCGUUCGAUUUCAGUGGCAUCAAUCGUGGCCAGAAUCAUCAUUUUAGGUCCUCGCUGAACAAUGGCAAUUAUGGCGCGAGCGAACGGGUAACGAUACGCAAUAAAUCUGCCAAUGGUAAUGCCGUAAGCGGCGGCACGAAGGAUGAUCGAAGUGCAUUUGCAAGCUUCACGCGCAGCCUGGACGAGAAUGCGUUCGUACGCGAAUUCGGCAGUGGUCGUGGGCGAUUGGAAAGUGGUGGUGGAGGAUUCGUUGUUGUUGGAAGUACCGGAAGCUUCAACAAGAGCAGUCAACAGAUCCCGGCGGUGGAAAAGAACAUUCUCAACGAGAACAAUCCAAACAGGAGAAAAUCGUUAGAGCUUUCACUACAGGCGCGUCCUCGAAGUUUGAAUCAACCAAAGAAAUUGCCCCCACUUGGUACUGACGGAGUUCCAACGGGUGUGGAGAAUGUCGACAUGAACGGUGCUGAUGACGCGAGUACAAAGGGCAAAGCAACGUCCGAGUGUUGUCGUGCGAAGGCACUGCAGCAGCUUGGCGGUGGUGUCGGUGGUCACAAACAAACGACAGGCGGAAGUCCAAUGGAUCCGUCACCCAUGAAACUAGAUCUCUCGAUGAAAAUCGAAGAUACCAAAGAGGCGCGUGCUUACAAUGUGCGCAUUACGCCGACCACCGAGAACCGGAUAUCGCUUGUGCAGUACAACUAUUGCGAUGGAACCACCAACAACAGUGGCACGGAUAGUAUGAUGACUGAUGGUGGAGCUGGCUCACCUACCGGAACUCCCUUGAUGCGGGUGGUGGGUGGUCGCAAGGGUGAGAACUUUACAGACGAUGACCGGAACAACAUAACGAGUCUGAAGAUGUUGGGUAGCUGCAAGCUGGACCGAUCGCGAAUUGAAAAGAUUAAGGAAGAGCGACGACAUCAGCUCAGCGAAAAGUAUCGUUCGGAGUCUUUUAAAGGCGAACGCGGAGACUACGGCGGUGCAAAUGGGAAGCUAAAAUCCAAAUCCAAAUCUGAACUUCGAGAAUUCCAGGAAGGUGAUUUGGUUGCCGACCGGGCAGACAAGAAGUACGAUUCGUUGCGCUUCCGCUCGAAAUCCCGGGCCGAGCUACUUUCCUCCGAUGGUCCAUUCCCAUUGGCCGAUUCGAGCUGUAAUCCUGUAGCGGGAAAAAUCGCAUCUGUGUCACUCAACACGGUUGCCAUUACCGCACAGCCAGCUGGAGCAUCACUGCGUCCCGCAGCACCGAACCGCACCAGACGAAUCAGUGACGAAAAGAACCAAAACGAUCUACCGCCAGUGGCGUCAAAUGCGGCCGGUCCAAUCGCUAGUGACGCUUCGAUGUCACAGGUGUGCGAUAACAAAUUUGAACUGAAAACACGCCAAAAGUUCGACGUGAAGCGUAGCAGUAUGGACUAUCCCGUGGCAUCUGCGUCAACCGGUUUACCGGCGAACGACGGGAAAGAUGCUCAGCAACCGACGCAACCACAGCGUCACAGCUUUGCCAAUGGCCGUAGUGGGCUCGUCGUGACGCGGAGCAAUUCGUCCAACAACAGCAGCAGUAGUGCGCAAAGAGAUCGUUGCUCGCCCCCAAUAUCCAUCAAAGACGUUGCCGCAAUGUUUGAAUCACGAUCGCAACAGAACCAAUCUUAACGAGCACACCUAACUAUGGCAGCAAAAUGGACAAAA